AUGAAGAAGAACAAGUCAGGGAUGGCGCGGGGGAUCAACACGCAGCGUGCCCUUCGGAGGUCACGAAGCCUGGAAGCCUGGUUCGAGCAGAGACGGAAGCAGGGUCUUUCGUCAGAUAUGGAGGUCGACGUUGAGAGUAAAGACGAACCGAAGCGACCAUCAAAGCAGGAUGCUAAGAAGGAUGCUGUUCGUAGGAUACUGUUGACGAUCAGGGCGGCACAGUUGGAUCCUAUGAGCGGCUGGCGCGGAUCGCAUGCACUCCAGGCCACCUGCUCGCUCGUUCGCGCGAUCAUGUCGUAUGAACGCGCAUCGGUGCGGCUGACGAAAUCGGGAACAAGCGAGAUGCCUCCACCGCCCCAUUGGGUGGACGAAGGCUAUAUCAAGAAGCAGAUUCAGACAGAGCCAGAGCUAAAAUUGUGGUUUGAACAAAUCGUUUCCACCGAGAAAAAGAACCAAAAGUCGAACGUGAAUCCUCAGCCGGUUAAGAAUCCUAAACAGAUUAAGGUUUCUAAGCUGGCCAAGGAUCUCAAGGAGGUUGAGGAUCUUGAGAAGAUAGAAGAUUCGAAGGACGUCGAGGAUUCUAAGGACGUCGAGGACUCUAAGGAGGUUGAGGACUCUAAGGAGGUUGAGGAUCCUGAGCAGAUAGAAGAUUCUCAGGAGACCGAGGACUCUAAGGAUGUCGGGUACCAAAACCCGGCCCAGGAGACUGACACUACACAGCUUCCUUCGCCGCCGAAGUAUCCUUAA